AUGAAUCCUUCCCUUCAUGGGAAUGAGAUGAACAUCAAAUGGACCCCGCCAUCUCAUGGAAGAAUCAAAAUAAACUUCGAUGACUUAGUGCGGGGUAAUUCUGCUACAGGAGGGUUCAUACUAAGAACAGAAAAUGGUAACUCUCUUACUAUAGCUUCUUUUCACUCCGGCACUACCACUGUCCUUGUUGUAGAAGCUAUGGCCCUAUGUAACAGUCUCAUUUGUGCCAAGAGUCGUGGUAUCACCAAGAUAGAAGUGGAAUGCGACUCGAAGCUAGUGAUCGACGUUGUGAAUGGAAUUUCUACACCACCAUGGAGACUGCUCAAGUUAAUCCAAGACAUCAAGUCCUAG